CUCCCGGGCAUGGGAUGGAGAGACAACAGCCAGGCCCCAGCCCGUCUUCUCCCUCUGCCCCCAGCUCACCCGAGAAUUCUUCACCAAGGAGCUCAGCAAGCACUACCAGGGCAAUAACGACACGGACGUCUUCUCCGCCACCUGGAACUCUGUCAUGAUCACAUUUGGUUGCUGCGGGGUCAAUGGGCCUGAAGACUUUAAGUAUGCAUCUGUGUUUCGACUCCUGACCCUGGACAGUGAAGAGGUGCCGGAGGCCUGCUGCCGGAGGGAACCCCAGAGUCGGGACGGGGUCCUGCUGAGCCGGGAGGAGUGCCUGCUGGGAAGGAGCCUCUUCCUAAAUAAGCAGGUAUUAGCCGUGCUCUCUAGACAGGGGAGCAGCUCUAUGGAGACUUGGGUGGCCAGAGCUGGGUGGGAGGCGAUAUCACCCCAGGGGGUCUGAAGCUACCCCGGGAAUCCCAGGGAAGUGUUGGCCAUGAUAUGGGAUGCCUGCGCCUGAACAGGGGCUGAUGGAAGCUCUGUCCAAGCCCCUGAGAUCCAACCAAAGUGGGGAAGGAUGACAGUGGGAGACGGUCUGCAGCUAGAGUGGGUGUUUGGGCUGGGGCUAAGGGUUAAGUAGGAGUUUUCCAGUGUUUCCUGAGCUUCUGAUAAUGCAGAUCCAAAGGGAGGGAGGGGGCAGAACCAGAAUUACACAGUGGGGGGCCCUUCUUAGCCAUGCACUGUAUUUUGGAGGAAGCUCUCAUUUGCCAUGUGGGCUUGCCUUAAGGGGGAAAGGUCUCCUUAACCUGACUCCCCAAGGUCAGAGAAGCUCCUAGAUUUUUCUGCUUCUCUUGCAAUCUGAGGACUUCAUCUCAGCCCUGGAAGAAACCCUUUCCCUUCCUGCACGUGCCAUUUCUAGGGAAAACAAGGGCCUGGCUUUGUGUGCCUCCUGCCCCCUCCCCUCCCCUCCACCCUGCCAUGAGUUCACAAU